CAAAUCAAUAUAACAUAUGGUGUGGUGCACAUAGAUAAUGUAUAUUAUAGAAUUUGUUAUUGAUUGCAAAAGAUCAAGUAAAAUUAGAAGGUUCAACAAUAGUUACAUUGACAUCAUCCCCUUAUCAAUGUCCAUAUCAAACAAAACUUAGGUCGCCUGUUUUCCCCUAUCCUUCUUCCUCCCUCAUCCAUCAUCUCGCCUUAUCUAAUUGACCAACACUCCCCUUCCGCCGCCGUCUCCGUCGCCGGCGGCCAUGUAAAUAUGAAGGAAGCCAUCCAUUUCCGUGGUCUCUGCUCCGUCCCACCGCCGCUAUUAUCCCCUUCGUUCUCAAAACACCAUGUUUUCCCCAAUCCCUUACACAAAAUCUCUACUUUUUCUCCCCUAAAGUCCCUCCCUCAGCCCCCAACCCCUCUAGCCACGAACAACCUCAUCUCGCCGCCGGCCGCCGUUUCUCCUCCCGAUUCACCUCGCAAAACCCCCUCCACCCCUACCCAUUUCCCCUUCCUCGAAAAGAUGCUCUAUCUCGAUUCAGUUGGGAUCGAUCUCUUCGCACUUAUCGAAGACCACCCACCCAUCGUAUCUUCUUCUCUCGCCGACCUCCGCGCCGCCGUCGACUCCCUCCUCUCUCUCGGCUUCUCCUCCGCCGACCUUCGCCGGAUGUGCGGCAUGUGCCCGGAGAUCCUCACCGCCGGCGGCCCUCCUGCUUUCAACGCCGUCCUCGCUUUCCUCCUUCGUGAGGCCGGCGUUCGGAGCAGCGAUCUCUGCUACGUCCUAUCACGCCGCCCCCGCCUCCUCGUCUCCUCCGUCGCCUGCCGGCUUCGUCCCACUCUUAAUUUCCUCCAAAUGCUCGGUGUUUCAGACCCCGGGCGGCACGCCCAUCUGCUUUCCUGCAGCGUUGAAGACAAGUUUCUACCUCGGCUCGAGUUUCUUCAGAAAGUCGGGUUUUCAUCCAUGGAAGCUCGUUUCAUGGCGAGGAGGUUUCCCCAGAUCUUCUGUUACAGUAUAAAGGAGAAUCUAGAGCCAAAGGUUGAAUUUUUUUUAGGGACAAUGGAGAGGGAGCUGAGGGAGAUCAAGCUUUUUCCGCAGUACUUCUCGUUUAGUCUGGAUAAGAAGAUCAAACCCAGGCACUGCAUUUGCAAGCAAAAUGGAGUUUUUUUUGAGCUGCCGGCAUUGCUGAAGCACAGCGAUGCAGAGUUCCAGCGCAGGUUGGAUGUCUGUGUCAGCUCUUCUUCUCCGUCGAGAAGGUCGCCUCUUUGGAAGGAAGGUUUGAGUGAUGAUUGUUUGUAGAUUACAUUGCCACAGAAUUCCUCUGCUGAAAUCUUUUUUUUUUUUUAAUUGCAGAAUUUAGUGCUAUUUGAGAAUCAUUCUGCAUAGACUUUGCAUUUUUACACUAACAAUAGGAAUUAGGAUUGAAGGAUUGGGGGCAUAAUUGAGAAGACAAUUAAGAUUAUGUUGAUUUAGAGAUAGUUGGAAUCAAGUGCACUCUUGAAACCAUUGAAGGAAAUAUACAUUUAUAUG